AUGUGGCGUCAAGGAGAAGUCCAUCAGGAUUUCAAGGACCCCACCAUCGUCCAUCUCUACAAGCGGAAAGGGAACCGUCAAUUCUGUGACGAUAAUUUAGGUACCUCCCUGCUGAAUAUCGUCGGAAAAAUCUUUGCUCGCAUCCUUCUCAACCGCCUGAACAAUCACCUAGAUCGAGGUCUUCGGCCGUAAAGCCAGUGCGGCUUCCGCCAUAUUUGUGGAACCACGGACAUGAUCUUCCCCGCCCGUCAACUGCAGGAGAAGUUUCAGGAGAUGCGUACCUACCUCUACUCUACAUUCCUGAAUCUGACGAAAGCAUUCGACAUGGUGAAUCGCAAGGAACUGUGGAAAAUCAUCAGAAAUUCGACUGUUCUAUGCGAUUCAUUCAGAUGGUGCGUCAGCUCCAUGAUGGCAUGAUGGCGCGCGUCACGGACAAUGGAGCUGUUUCAGAGGCACUCGCAGUGACCAACGCAGUGAAGCAGGGAUGCGUCCUGGAGCCCACCCUCUUUAGUCUUAUAUUCUCAGGCGCCUACAUCGUGUCCACGGGGUCGACGGACAUUCCGGGCGCCAAUUCCACUUCUUAG